CGACCAAAAGUAUCCGCCACAUAUCCACAACAAAAUGCAGCAAUCGCAGCUGAGGCGAAAAGGACCGAAUUCACAAAGGCGUAGAGCACGGAGGCGUCAAAGUAGGUGAUGUGCUUGCUUAAGAACUUCUUGAUAUUGUCCUCUGGCAAGUUGAUAACGGCGGAAUUGUAUCCAACCACAAAUGAUGAACCAAAACAUGUUGUAAAAAUGGCAAGAAUCAAAUUUAUUGUUACCCCUUGUUGGGCCACCAUUUUUCAGGCAAAAAUGGGACAGUGA